UCUCUGCAACUACCGUGGGACGAGGGGACACGGAAGAUUCAACGGGAGAUUCACCGCCAUUUCCCUCCAUUUUCAGCUCCGCCGCCACCGCCCUUUAAAUCCGCCGCCGCCGCUGCGACGAUCGAUCGCGGUUCGAAAUCGGAGACUGCCCCGACCAGGAAGAAGACGGCCCUCUAGUCCGCGUUCUGCAUCUACAGCACACAGACGGAUGGGCGAGAUUAAACGCAAGAGGGGCCCGAAUCCGAAAUCCGCCUCCAAGACGGCCGCCGCCGCCGCCGCCACCACCGCCGAAGCCGCCGACGACGAGAAAUUCUCCGCUGGGAGCGCGGAGAUGAUCGAGCCCGCCAGCAGCCCCGCCGGGCGCCGCAAUCGCCGGGGCCGCAAUCGCCGCAAGGCGUCCGAGAAACCCGAGGCCUCCUCGCCGGCCGUCGUGCCCGCGCGGAGCGUCCCCGGCGGCGGCGGCGUCGAGAGCGGCGACUUCGGCGUGAUAAGCGAUUUGCUGCGGGGCGCAGUGGCGGCCGAGAUGGCGGAGGGCGUCGUGGCGAGGGUGGCCCCGGCGAUGGAGGCAGUGGUGAAAGUGUUCUGCGUGCACACGGAGCCGAAUUUCUCGCUUCCGUGGCAGAUGAAGAGGCAAUACAGCAGUAACAGCAGUGGGUUCGUGAUCAAGGGGAGGAGAGUUUUGACGAAUGCGCAUUCGGUGGAGCAUUACACGCAGGUGAAGGUGAAGAAGCGGGGGUCUGAUACCAAGUACGUGGCCAAGGUGUUGGCAAUUGGGACUGAGUGUGACAUUGCUAUGCUUACGGUUGAUGAUGAUGAGUUUUGGGAAGGAGUGUCAUCUGUGGAAUUUGGCGAUUUGCCUGCACUUCAGGAUGCUGUGACUGUUGUUGGCUAUCCUAUUGGUGGAGACACAGUAUCUGUGACUAGUGGUGUGGUAUCACGUAUUGAGAUCUUAUCAUAUGUUCAUGGUUCCACUGAGCUGCUCGGGCUGCAGAUUGAUGCAGCUAUAAAUGCUGGCAAUUCGGGUGGCCCUGCCUUUAAUAAUAAGGGCAAGUGUGUGGGUAUUGCAUUUCAGUCCCUUAAACAAGAAGAUGUGGAGAACAUUGGUUAUGUCAUACCAACACCAGUAAUCAUGCAUUUUAUUCAAGACUAUGAGAAGAAUGGAGGAUAUAUGGGUUUUCCUCUUCUUGGGAUUGAGUGGCAGAAGAUGGAAAAUCCCGAUUUACGUAUGGCAAUGGGUAUGAACGCUGAUCAAAAGGGUGUGCGCAUUAGAAGAAUUGAUCCUACCUCUCCAGAAUCUGCAGUCUUGAAGCCAUCAGAUAUCAUUCUCAGCUUUGAUGGGGUUGAUAUUGCCAAUGAUGGAACUGUACCUUCUCGGCACGGGGAGCGUAUUGGCUUUAGUUACCUUGUCUCACAGAAGUACACUGGGGAUACUUCAGUGAUCAAAGUCCUGCGCGAUUCCAAAAUCUUUAUAUUUGAUGUGAAACUUGGUAUGCACAAGAGGGUCAUCCCAUUGCACAGUGAAGGCAGACCACCCUCCUACUAUAUAAUUGCUGGAUUCGUUUUUAGCACCAUCUCUGUUCCAUAUCUUCGUUCUGAGUAUAAGGAUGAAUCUGAAGCUCCUGUGAAGCUUUUGGACAAACUCUUGCAUUCAAUGCCACAAUCACCAGAUGAGCAACUUGUUGUGGUUUCUCAGGUGCUCGCGGGUGAUAUCAACGUUGGGUAUGAAGACAUUGUAAACACUCCGGUUCUUGCUUUCAAUGGUAAACCUGUGGAAAACUUGAAGAGCUUAGCCAGCAUGGUGGAGAGCUGUGAGGAAGAAUUUCUGAAAUUUGAUCUGGAAUACCAACAGAUUGUAGUUCUUCGAACAGAGACUGCAAGAGCAGCUACCCUGGAUAUACUCAAAACCCACUGCAUACCAUCAGCGAUGUCUGAUGAUCUGAAGAGCUGAAGCCCAUAUAUGGUUGCCUGGUUGUUGUGUCGUGAGGGUUAAUUGCACUGCUUCUGCUUUGGGCACUUGUGAACGAUAUCAGAGAAAGGGUCAGGUCUUAUACGUGGAAAGUCUCCUCUUUGAUGGAAGGAAAGUCUCACUUUUUCUGGAUUACCCACUGUAGGAGACACAUUUCGGGAUGGGGAUGGGAUGGGAGCAUUAGUUCUUAUUUUAUUGCAGAAACCAUAGGGUACAUUUUAGCUUAUGAUCUUUACCUCUGUGAUUGUUUCAUUCUUGUGUCCAGAUGUACACUGCCUACUGUGAGACUACUCCAACAUGAUGGCUGACUACACUUCUGUAUUUUACUUAUUCAUAUAUGAAUUAUCUGUUGCUUCUGGGUCUAAUUGAAAACCCAAUGACACA